UUCCUCCACCGCCAUCUUCUUCCGAGCGCCAGCUUCGCUCCGCACCAUCCACCGACGACGACGCCGGCCACCACUGCGAAGGGCACCGGCGGACGGACCCUGCGCUGCGCCGCGACUGCAUUCCCCCCACCCUCACCCCGGUCUCCAGCAUUGUUGCAAGAAGAGAACCCCCCAUGGCCUGCGACUAGGGGGAGUGGAUACUGCAUGAUUCGGUGAGUCCAAGCUUGGAUUUCUGUGCUGGAUGAUUUGCCAGCCCAUCUGAAUUUACAUGAUUCAUCUCUUAAGCAAAGUGCUGAAUCAAUUUGGAUCUGCUCUUAAGCCUGGAAAUGAAGUUCAGUGCAGUUCCAAGUUUGGUUGAGUGUCUGACCUCCGCCGGUCAUCCAGUCUCCAGUGGUUUGUCGUCGCCGACACGCUCCCACAUUCGCCACUGCAGGAAGGAGCAAGACCUCCCACGUCUGACCCGGUCGUCCUCCAGCUCCGGCUCCUCACGGGUCAACCAGCUGCUAAACAAACUCAAGGAUUAUCUUGGCUCUGGGACGCUCAGGCCGGAGCUCGCGCACCAACUGUUCGUCGAAUUGUUUCGUCAAACCGUUCCGGUAUCAGCAGACGCACUCAAUGUCUUAUUUUCUGCCCUCGCGUGUGGGCUGCCCUCUGCCGCCUGCAAUGAUGGUCCUGCCCUCGCAAUCGCCCUCUUCAAACACAUGGCACGAGCAAGAUGCCGCCAGGUGAUGGCACCCACCAAUCACACUUACAACACACUAAUUGAGUGCUGCCACAUGGCACGCCGCCCUGACAUAGGGCUCGUCUUCUUUGGCCUCCUCCUCAAGAUAGGCAUCACGGCAGAUGUCUUCACCUUCAACAGCUUAUUGAAGUGCCUCUGUGACAUGAAGCAAACAGAUGAGGCUCUAGGCGUGCUGCUCCACAGGAUGCCCGGCGACAUGCCUGAUGUCAUCUCCUACUCAGUAAUUAUCAAGAGCUUCUGUGACAACGGGAGGAGCCACCGUGCACUUGACCUGCUCCGGAUGAUGACCAAAAAGGGAUAUGACCACUCCCCCAAUGUGGUUUCAUACACAAUAAUCAUUGAUGGAUUAAUUAAGGAGGGUGAACUAAGCAAAGCAUGUGCUCUAUUCCAUGAAAUGAUGCAGCAGGGGGUUGUGCCUGAUGUGGUGACGUAUAGCUCCAUUAUCGAUGGGUUGUGCAAAGCAAGAGCAUUGGACGAGGCAGAGGUGGUCCUUCGACAAAUGAUUGAUAGCGGUGUUUGACCGAAUGCUGUGACAUACAGUAGCCUGAUCCAUGGAUAUUCCACUUCAGGCCAGUUUGAAGAGGUAGUUAGGUUAUUGGAAGAAAUGAGAGGUCAAGGUGUCAAACCAAAUGUUUUUACUUGCAACACAGUCAUGGACUACCUUUGCAAGCAUGGAAGAACAAAAGAAGCUGCAGAACUUUUUUAUUCCAUGGCUGAGAAGGGCCAUAAACCUAAUUUGGUCUCAUAAUCUAUUAUGCUUCAUGGGUAAGCUAUAGAAGGAUCCCUUGUUGAAAUGACUGAUCUCUGUGAGCUGAUGGCAAGAGACGGUAUUGUACCCUAUCUCCAUUGUUUCAGCAUAUUGAUUAAUGCAUAUGCUAAGUGUGGAAUGAUAGAUGUGGCUAUACUUUUCUUCAAAGACAUGUUGAAGCAGGGAGUGAACCCUGAUGAAGUCACAUAUUUAGCUGUGAUAGCCGGGUAUUGCAGAGUGGGCAUGAUGGAUGAUGCUAUGGAAAAAUUCAAUGAGAUGAUUGAUAUGGGAGUACCACAUAACGCAACUGUUUACAGGUGUAUGAUUCAGGGUUACUUAAAUCAUGGUGAUUUCUUGAAAGCAAAGGAAUUGAUUACUGAAAUGAAGACCAAGGGUAUCCAUCCUAGAUGCGGAAAAGCCAAAGAAUUGAUCCAGGGCAGUAGCGGAUCAGUGGACAACAUUCCAGUGGCUAGGGGUCUACACUACACCAAAAUUAGUAUGAUGGACAAACAUUGCACUAGUAAAACUAAAACUAGUAAAUUGUUUGUGGGGGCCAUGACCCCCAUGACCCCACCCCUAGAUCCGCCACUGACCCAGGGUACCUCAUGUCACAACUCUUUUACAGGUGCAUGUUCCAGGGUUGUUUUCAUCAUGGUAAUUACAUAAAAGCCAAAUAAUUGUUUUCCGAAAUGAAGAACAAGAAUAUUGGUCAUAGGCUGUGGAAUGGUAAUGGAAGGACACAUUACCUUUGACUUGGUUAUACGCCCUGUUGAGAGGCCUGAUGCUAUUACAUUUACUUCAGUUACCGGUGGAUAUUGCUUAGUUGUCAAGAUGUAAGAAGCUUUCAGAAUAUCUAAGGCUUAUGGUAUCGGUUGGUGUGAGGCCUAGUUUAAUGAUGCAACAUUUCUCAGUGUCUGUUGUAAAAAUGGAAGAAUCAA